UCGAAAGACCGCUCUCCCGAACAUGUUUCAAAAACCCUUCUCCAAUUCACUCACUCUAACCAGUCUCCUUUCUCUCCCUAAUCCAAAUUACUCUAAUACUAAUUGGCUUCUUAAUCCUUUUUCUGAAUUAAAUCUCUGAUUCUUAUUCUAUUUUUUAACCCUUCUUGAAAUCCAAUCCAAUAGUUCUUCUUCUUCGGAUUGAGCUCUGACAGAAAAUGGAGCAGAAUAGAUUUACUGACGCCUUCUCCAACGGCGGCGCCACCGCAGCUUCCACCACACCCUCCGUUCCGCCUCGUCAACCUAAUUAUACCUGCGCAAAAGUCCAGGAAGCUUUGGCUCACCUGGCAUCAAUUGAUCCUAUUGAGUUGUGUAAUGAAGCUAAAGUUGAGCAUUGUAGGGCAACUAGAGAUUUGAGAAGCUGUGGGCGAUACAUUCAGAGUGUCUUAAACUCAUGUGGCCAUGCCUCCUUAUGUGAGGAAUGUAGUCAGCGGUGUGAUGUUUGCCCAAUAUGUAGAGUUCCUUUACCUAAGGGUGGGAGUAGACUUCGUCUUCGCCUUUAUUAUGAGUGCAUAGAAGCGUGUCUUAUCUCUAAAAGGUGUGAUGACAGAUUGCAAGAUAAAGAAGAUGGUGACAAAGAACUUAUAGCUGAUGUUCAGCGUUUAUAUUCUUUAUUUGAUGUUGCCUUGGAGAAUAACUUGAGUUCUCUAAUAUGUCACUAUGUUACAGACGUCUGUAUGGAUGAGAGUGCUGUGUCCAGUGAUCCUGUAAUUGCGUUCUUGCUGGAUGAAGUGGUUGUCAAAGAUUGGUGCAAGCGGACAUUCAAGAAUAUUGUGGCUGAUCUCCAAGCUAUGUAUAAUCUUGCAGUAUGCGAGCUGAAAGCAUGUUUGAGUUUGCUAUUGAAGUUUUCUGUGAAGCUAGCUGGCUUGGUCAUUGUUCUAGAUGUUCUGGAAUCAUCAUUUAAAGGUUCGCUAUCAGCAAAACUUCACGAUCUUCACCAUCUUCAAGAAAACAUUCUAAAGACAAAGCAGCACUUGGAAGUUAUAACUUGGUGUACGAGACAUGAUUUUUUGGUGAAUGUGAGGUCCCGUCAUGGUCCGAUUGCAUCAUGGCGCUCUGAAGUUCGUGAGAGGAAAUCUGCUGCUAUUAGGCGUGCAUGGCCUGAUUCAGUACCAAAUUCUGCUGCAGUCUCCUCAAGGACAGAUAAUUCCACUCUUUUUAUUGAAGAAGCACUUUCAAAUCUUGAUACUGAGUGGGGACAUAUAGAUGAUCCAGGAGAAGAAUUGCAAAUUGCACUUCUGCAGAAGGAUGGGGGAUCUUCAUUUUUGCGUUCCAAAUUGGAGGGUUUGGCUGCAUUAUACCCAUUUGAGAGUAUGAGAGCUGCUAUUGAUGUGCUUUUCCUACGAGGAAGCUCUGAUUUGGUGGUAUCAAAGCAAGCAAUUCUUCUGUAUUACCUAUUUGACCGGCACUGGACAAUACCUGAGGACCUAUGGAGAUAUGUUGUUGAUGACUUUGCAGCGAGUUUUUGUAUAACAAGGCAUUCCUUACUGGAAUCUUUUGUCUUUUAUCUUCUUGAUGACCAUACUGACAAAGCUCUUCAGGAAGCCUGUCGUCUUCUCCCUGAAAUUUCGGGCCCCACAGUUCAUCCCAAGAUGGCCAAAGUAUUGCUAGAAAGGCAGAAUCCUGAUGCAGCUCUUAUGGUUUUGAGGUGGUCAGGUCGAGAUGAAGCGCAAUUGGUUUCACUUGAGGAGGCUGUCACCACUGUUCGGGUGCGAGUGGAAUGUGGGCUUCUUACUGAAGCAUUUAUGUAUCAGAGGGCUGUCUGCAUGAAGGUCAAAGAAAAAAAGUUGGGGGAUGAAUCUUUUCUGAAUGCUUCAGGUGAAACAAGAGAUGAACAUUGGACCUGGACGCAAUGGGUGGAGGUUAUGGUGACAGAAAUAUGUUGUCUUUGUAUUCGAAGGAAUUUGGUAGAUCGAAUGAUAGAAUUACCAUGGAACUUUGAUGAGGAGAAACAUCUACACAAAUGUUUGUUGGAUUUUGCAACAGAUGAUCCUUUAUCAACAAUGGGAAGUCUUCUUGUAGUGUUCUAUUUGCAGCGAUAUCGAUACAUUGAAGCAUAUGAAGUUGAUCGGAAGCUCGUGAAUAUAGAGCAAGAGUACAUUGUGAAAAGUUCUGCCCGAGAAGAAAUUUUAGUCAGGAUGAGAUCCACAAGUCACUGGAGAUCUGCAUUAGUUGAGAAGAGCAUAGAAUUAUUGCCUGAUGUCAUACAGCAGCAACUGAAAAAUGGAAAGCUUCAUGAAAAUGGGUUGCUUCCUAGUAAUGCAGGUGGUUUUCCAGCUAACUCCAAUGAUGCAAGAGAACAGGGACCUAUAUUGACCGGUUUAUUAGUUCCUCCUGUCAUUUCUUCCUCUGUUCAAGGGACGAAUAAUGUAAUGACUUCACCAAUACAUUCAACUCUUAAUAGUUCGUCAAAACUGGGCGGAUCUGUUAGUUUUCGAACCAAUAAUUAUGGGAAUUUUGGUGCAUCUAUGCUCCCCAAGGGAUUCUUUAAUGCAGCAGAAAAGGGAUGGACGCCUGAUAGUGGCCUCAGGAAAAAUUUUAGCUUUGAUGACGUCAGUCCUGCAAUUCCCAAUACUAAUAUAGCUACAUCUCCAAUCCGAGAGUUGAAAAGCAGUUCAUCACAAAAGCCUGGGAGUAUACCCAAGCAAAAUGGGUCUUUGAACAAAGUCCACAGCCGAAGCUCCUACUUGAAAGGAUCUAUUGCAAAUCCUGUCACUUCCCUUAGGAGCAACCUUGGGAUGUUGAUGGAUUCUGCUCAAGACUCUAGUGUGCUUGGCAAACUUGCAUUCUCAGACAAAACUGAUGUACCUCAGAUGCUUCAUUCAAAUGAUUCCAUGGACAUCUCUUGGAGUCAUGAUGAGAGGGGUUUGUCUGUUGAGAGAGUAGAUGCAAAUGGUGGGCCCAGAUGGCGAUCUGACGAGUCUAGUGAAGAUGAAGAGCAUCAAAACCAGGAUAGAACUGCAGUUACAGCAGCUAAUACAAGGAACAUUAGGGGAGCGAGAAGAGGCAGGGUUUUGGGAAGAUGAUGCAUCUGGUUCGCAUGAAAGGAAGUUCCUUUCUUCAUGCUAAAGAUUAGUUAAAAUUGGAGACCAGCAGAUAAGCAACAGACUAGGAGGCCGUCUGAGGAAGUUCAACCGGUAAUUUCUAUACUGCCCUGGGAGGAAACAUUUGGAUGCCCCUCACUGCAGUUAGGGCUUGAAAUUUGGUGAUGGAUCCUAGCUGUUUCAUUGUUGUACUUCAUAUCCUAGAGUUAUAGCGGAAUGAUAUUUUACUACUUGAGAUGAGAUCUAUAUUAUACAUACUGGUUUGGCCAAAGUUUUGUAGCUUAUGAUAAACAAUUUCAAGGCCCGACUGGCUUGUUCAUUUACCACAAUUGAUGUUAAUAUUUUACCCUAACAUGUACAUACAAAUCUGAUCUGUUAUUCAGAUUGAUUUUAUUUUUCUCCU